AUGACCGACCUCAAAAAAGAAUCCCUCGACUGGGGAACGGACGAAAAAGUCCUCGACCCCGUCCAUCAAGAACGCGUCCCUGCUAUCGUGACGAUUGAGAAUUUCCGGGUCUUGGGCAUGGAUCCGCAGGAUGAGGAGUUUUAUAUGGGGUUCUCGGAGGAGAGGAGGAAGAGGGUUACGAGGAAGGUCGACAUCCGUCUCGUCCCUAUGCUCGCAGUCCUAUACUUGAUAUCUCACCUUGAUCGAUCGAAUAUCGGAAACGCCAAGAUUGAAGGUCUGGUUGAUGAUCUCGGAUUGAGUGGCAUUCAGUGGAAUAUUGUUCUGAGUAUUUUCUUUGUGCCAUAUGUACUGCUAGAGGUACCGAGUAACAUGCUGCUGAAGAACUUCAAACGCCCAUCGGUCUAUCUGGGUAUCCUGAUCGUGUCCUGGGGAAUUAUGAUGACGUUGACCGGGGUGGUAAAGAACUUUGCAGGCUUGAUGGUAACCCGAGUCUUGCUAGGUGUUUUCGAGGCCGGAUUCUUCCCCGGCGCCGUAUACCUCUGCACCUUCUGGUAUAUGCCUAAAGUCUUGGCUACUCGGCUCGCAUGUUUCUACUGCGCCAGUGCGCUGUCCGGUGCCUUCUCCGGCCUGUUGGCAGCUGGUAUCGCGCAGAUGAACGGCGUGGGCGGAUACGAAGGCUGGCGAUGGAUCUUCAUCCUAGAAGGUCUGGCCACAGUCGUGCUGGGCUGUGCUUCGUUCUUCCUACUGAUUGACUCGCCACGACUGUCUGGUCGGUGGUUGGACCCCGAUGAGAUUCGGUUCCUCGAGCUGCAGGCGUUUAUCAAGGAAGGUGGGAAGUUCAGGGACGAGGCGCAGGGCGGCAGCAAGAGAGUUAAAUGGAAGGAUCUGAAAGCCGUGUUUCUCAACUGGAGGAUGUAUAUCCUCGCUUAUAUCAUGCUGUGUCAGUCGGCUUGUACUUAUGGUAACAAAUUCACUCUGCCCACAAUCACGAAAUCCAUGGGCUUCAGCAACACCGAAGCUCAACUCCUCACUGUCCCGCCGUACGUGGCCGGUGCUAUCUCUGCCAUCUGCUUCUCUCGCCUCUCGGACAAGUUAUACUGGCGGAUGCCUUUCGUCGUCAUCCCCCUCUGUCUGCUCAUCAUCGGUUACAGCAUCCUCAUGUCGAUGGACGGGAAGCUAGGCGAGAACCUCGGUUUGUCUUUCUUUUCGGUUAUCAUCGCCCUCAUGGGUCUGUAUCCGAUUCACCCCGCUACGUCCAGCUGGACGUCUAACAACCUGACGCCGUCGAACCGGAGAGCGAUCGGUCUGGCGCUGAACAUCUGUAUCGGCAACACCGGUGGUAUCAUUGGUAGCUACAUGUUUCUAGAGGAGGAGGCACCGAAAUACUACACCGGCUUUGGGCUGUCGUUGGCAUUGGGUGGUUCCGCGGUGCUGUUGGCGUUGUUCCUUGAGUUGUCGUUCUACUGGGAGAACAAGAAGAAAACCAAGGUUUCGGAGGAGGAGGUUAGGGCGAGGUAUUCGGAGGAACAGCUGUUGGAUAUGGGUGAUAAGUCGCCGUUGUUCAAGUAUACUCUUUAG